AUGUCCACCUUUGAGCACUCCCGAGGCCGUUCUAUUUGCAUGUCAAAACUGGAAUCCACACCCUCCAUCUGUAGACUGCUUGUCAUGUUGGGACAACUCCUGGUCUUUGUUUGCGCUGGCAGACAGAAGAGUCUUCAAAUUUUGAACUGAACACAUUUAUUUAUGUCUCCAAGUGGAAUAUUUUGCAAGCAGGCAAGAAAAUUCUCUGGAAAUCCCCAUUCUCAGUAUGCUCUCAGGCUCUUGAACACUGCAUUUAUUGGUCUGGCCGAGAUCUCCUGGAUCAAUGGAGUCUCCACGAUUUUCCUUACCGUCUUCACUGAGUGGAGAUUUUAAAUGUGAAGAUUACAUCCAACCCCACUAUAAGGAGUCGUACCGUCUGGCUAUUGAUCACCUGGUGAACAAUGGCAAAGAUGGAUAUCUGAAGUUCCUCAAAGAAGAACGCAUUGGCAGCUUCCUCUCAGAAGAAGAGCUUCUCUUUAUCACUGAAAAUGCAGAACAACUCUCACCUGAAACUCAAGCAGAGGAGAUCAGUGGUGAUGUGGACAGUCAAUCAUCCUCAGGGACAUACUGGCCAACAUACUCAGAUGAGGACACGCCAGAUUUGGACUUAGGAUGGCCAGAGGUCAUGCAUGAAAGACUGCAGACCAAUAUUGAUUUGCUCUUUCAUCCCCCGAGACAAAACAACCCCACAAUCAAAGAGGUGGUCCGAAAGCAUAUUCAAGAUGCACGACAGGUCAUUGCCAUUGCGAUGGACCAGUUCACAGAUGUAGAUCUUUUCAAAGAAAUUGUGGAUGCUUCUUCACGAGGAGUUCCGGUGUAUGUGCUUUUGGAUGAUUACCAUUUAAAAGGUUUCCUCAAAAUGGCUGAAACUCAAGAUGUGAAAAUUCAACAACUCAGGAACAUGAGAGUGCGCACUGUAAAAGGUCAGAAUUACCUCUGUCGAUCAGGAGCUAAAUUUCAUGGAGCAAUGGAGCAGAGGUUUCUUUUAGUUGACAGCCAAAUAGCUGUCUAUGGAUCAUACAGUUUCACAUGGUCAUAUGAGAAGAUCAAUCUGAGUAUGGUGCAGGUGAUAACAGGGCAUCUGGUGAAAUCCUACGAUGAAGAGUUUCGAACACUCUACGCCAGAUCAACAGUUCCAGCUGAACUAUGUCCUCCAGAACCCUUGUUCCAGCACAUCGGGCAGGUUAGACAGAUUUUGCCAAAAUACGGACCUCCAAAAAUUGACCGAACUGACCAUUUGAGGCACACUCUGGACACUGUCUAUCGGAAAGCCUGUGAGAGACAACUCGGUAUAAGAGACCUUGAAGAGAGACUUUAUGAACAAGACUCUCCUAAACUUAGACCUGUGGUUGAAAAUGGGAUUAGUGCACACAAACCAAUCAUGCAUUUGCUGUCCCCCGAGGAAAAGAGCCUCAGGAAAAGGCACAGCUACGCUGGGGAGAGACAAAAUACAUACCUUUCAGAGAACAUCAGACCCAGAGCAAGUAACUGGAACAUCUGUCAUGAUAUGGACAAUGGAAUAAAUAACUUCCUCAUGGAAAAUUAUUCUCAAAUGCCUAAAAUUUACAGAAAUCAACCCAUGCGACAGUUAUGCCAUGGGAAUGAUAAACCAAUUCUCCCCAUUCAGCAGAACAUGCCUUUAGUGGAAAAUGCAUCCAAGUCCUUCAUGCGCACAUGGAGGAUUGAGUCUUAUCUCAAAAGCUUUGAUGUCCCAUUGAGAGACUCCUGUGACUAUUUAGACCAGUUUGAAUCACUUGACAAAGCAAACUCCUUCAUGCAAGGGAGACUGAGGAAUUCUCUCAUUUUUAGAUCUGCUAUUCCAGAGCAAAUAGAGACAAACAGACACAUGAACAAUUCCUUUACUGCUUUGCCCUCAGCGUUGCCAAACGCCGCAUUGCACUACUCAUCGAUGCAGUGGAAUCCAUCAACAACAGCUGAAAGCAGAACAAAUAAUGAAGACUUCAAAUUGAAGAGGCAAAGUUUGCAGAUGUUGGAUGAUUCACGGGAAAAUUUAAGCUAUGGUCCGGGAAGAAAUGCUUACCCAUCCACAUAUGUGAGCUUGAGCAGAACCAAAGGGCCAAUGAUGAUGAUUAAAACCCCUGACAUUAUGACAGACAGCUGGCAAAAACGGCACAGUGUGGCUGAUCCUCGAUCAAAUGUGGAAUAUGAAUUGUCGGGUCACAUGUACGGCAGUGCUUAUGGUAGGACACAAGUGCACAGAAGCACAGCAGGGAUCAACGUGCCAAAUGGAGGAUACAAACCACAUUUGAAUGAAGAUCAGCGAUCCAUGUCACAUUAUGAUGUCAAGACCAUAAUGGGCAAAAACGACUCAUCCACACCCAUUUGUCAGGAGCCGCCCUGCAGAACUGUGUCUGCAGCAGUGCUGGAAAUGAAUACAAGGGAUUUGACGGUGAAGUCCAACAACAUGAACUCGCAGGCUUUCCUACAGAAGAGUUCAAGGAAAAUAAGGUCCUUUCUCAACAUGCCAGAGAAAAAAGAGGGUUCUGCUGCAACGAGUGCAACACCAAGUCUGAAGUCAGUGGAGAGCACUGACACCCUAACUGCUGAUGAUGAAGCUAAAAGCGAUGGCACGGGGAGAAAACAUGCCCAAAACAUCUCCAGCUCCGUCAAAUCAUCUGCACAGCAGAAGAGCCAGAAAGUUGACGAACAUUUCAAAUCAUCAAUACCUCGCUUUAAAACCGAAGAUGAUCAAUAUCCACAGCCCAGUUCUCCCCCAAAGCCUCCAGCAACACAACAAACACACCCUGUAUCUGACACAAAUGUGAGGCCCAGCUUAGAUGGCGGAAACUGGCGAAAAGGUCGAGGUGCUGAGCCCCGCCUGUACAGCAGGUAUGAGCCUUUCUGUGCAGUGGAAAAGAAACCGGCCAUACGGCUGACAACUACCAAAGCUCACUCUCAGGAGAAACCAAAAACUGCUUUCAAGGGCGACGCAGCUGUUGAACACAACAUCAGCCGAACUGUACGAGGACACCAUGAAAAUAAGCUGGAGAAAUUCAUUCAUAGAGUGGGGAAUCUCAUUCACAAAAAUAAGUGAUUACUGUUGGAAUUUCAGGACUUUUAUAUUAACAGAUUAUGUUUUAUAACAGGGAAAUGGAAGGGGUGUGUUUUAAUUUUUUUUUUUUUUUUUUUACAGAGUUGAAUAUAUGCUUGUGUUUACACAAAAUUGACUGUUUACAGCUUGCCCUCUGCUAAUUUGAUUGUUUACAGGUUAAGGAUUGAUGACAUGGUGUAAACGAUUAAUGUAAAAUAUAUUUGCCUCUUACAGGGAGUCUUUAUGUGUGCUGGUGUCAAACUCCAGCAGUCAAUUAAAACUCUGUGGGGUGUGAGUCACAAAGGAAAACUGUAACGCCUAAAUAACUGAUGGCUGUGAGCGUGCACACAUUCCAAAAUGCUGUUGUGUUGGCAGAAUACUACGCUGUCACUGUGUGAUCUUUUUUUUUUAUUAGAGUGGAGCUGUUGCAGUGCUACGUGGGAGCCAAAACGCUAUAAGAUAUCCACAACUGCAAAAUACUGUAUAUAUACGUACUACGUACAACAGCAUUACAUAUGAAUUUUAUAGUGGUGGAUAUCUUGUACCCUCCUUUGUGUGUGUGUGUGUGUGUGUGUGACUCAUUAGCAGGCUUUUAAUGAGCCUUUCAUUGGAUUAAGAGUGUCAGGAAGGUAGAUUUCGUGGACCGAACUUGGGCACCCCUGAUAUAGGGGAACCACUUUAAGUGCUACAUGACACCUAUGAUUCAUCUACGAUUAUGACAUUUGGGUAAAUGGUAAAUGGACUGCAUUUAUAUAGCACUUUUCCAUCUGCAUCAGACACUCAAAGCGCUUUACAAUUAUGCCUCACAUUCACCCAGAUGUCAGGGUGCUGCC